GGGAAAAACGGGAGGCCCCCAAAACCGUGGUUGGGACCAGGGGUUCUUGUCGGUGAGCGUGAGCCUUGCCCGAUGGUGUGUGUCUGUGUGAGUGUGGCAGUCCAACCCACCACAGAUGCGAGUCCAGUGAACAAUAGGGCAUUGGCGAGAUAUCUGGUGAGAGCUGGGUUUAGUACUCGGUACCGGCUAACCAGACGUUACCUUGUGUAUCCGGGUCUUUUUUUCCGGUGAUGCGAGCUGCUGCUAGUGCGGCUGUUUUUGACGACAUAUCCGUGAUGCGGCUAUUGUUUGACUGCGAACCGGCUUUUGUCUUUUUCACUGCAAGCAUUUCUUUUGUUUCUGUCUUUAUUUCCUUGUACCUUUCUACUUUUUUUGCUUGUUCAUCCUUCCAUCCCCCUGCAGGCCAAGACUGGGUUCCCUCUCCCUCCCAUCGUCUGGCUCUGACCUCAUCAACGCCGCAUCUGCCCCAGCUUCGGGCGCUAGCCGCCCACCCGCCCCUCCGCUACUGGAGCCCCCGGCAAGCCGCUACCAGCUGGGUACAGGGGAUCUGCCAGCGCACCUUUGGCGGGCAGUGCAGCGAUGCCUUGCCCUGUCUGCCUGCCCGGGGCCGCUGCCAAGCAACAGCUGCAGCUUCAGGUGCUGGCUGCUUGCCCCUCUACCCAAAAGCACGGUCUGCCCUGCGCAGCACAGCUUUCUUGCCAUCAACACCGUCGCUACUUUGCCUUUUUCGCCGUUUUCUGUGUCGUCACGCACCCUUUGUUUGCCUUGCAAUCCUUCUUCCGCCGCCUCCAACCCCGACUCGGCCAGCACUCGUCCUCAUCGCCAUGUGCGCAAGAUGAGCUUCCUAAAGACAAGGUUCCCCUCCCCGCCCCCUCCUGCUACUGCUACUCUUCGCCCACCCCCUCCAUGAAAAAUAGCCGUGGUAUCAACACAGGUUGUGCAAAAUGUUUGGCUGCAGCUGCUGAUCGCGGCCUGCCUCAUCUUGUGCUUUCUGCCUAUCUCUUUAUCCACCCCACGUCGCCAUCCCACAGCACCAGCUGCCAAAACAAGUCACAGGUCACGGCCAGCGUUGCAAAGCACCCGCGUGGUGGGCGGCCACAACCCCAAAUCCGCAACGCUUACUGGCUGCGCUGCUGGUUAAGCUAGCCUGGGGGAGCCGCCCUGUGGAAACCUUUUGACGCUCUGGUCCUUUUCUGCGCGUUUCCCUGCCUGUUUCUCUUUUCUGCCCUCAUCCCCGGUUUUUGCACGCGCCGUCUCUCCCGAGUUUGCUGCUGCGCUGCGCCGGUGCAAUAGCUGCCUGCUCGCCUUGUUAUUUCUUUGCUUCUUUUUGCCUAGUAUCGCCAGUCUUUGCUAACCACGAAUCUUUGUCGCGCAUACAGAGCACAUCAACUGGCCGCCACCAUGACGGCUUCCCCCACAUCGUCCUCCGUCGCCGACGACAUCAACGAAAACACUGCCGAUGAGGAGGAUUCCGAAGACUACUGCAAGGGCGGCUACCACCCUGUCGAGAUUGGCGAGAAGUUCAAGGACGGAAAAUACACAGUAGUCCGCAAACUCGGCUGGGGUCACUUCUCCACCGUCUGGCUCUCGCGCGACAACACCAACGGCAAGCACGUUGCCCUCAAGGUCGUCCGAUCUGCCGCACACUAUACGGAGACAGCCAUCGACGAGAUUAAGCUCCUCAACCGCAUCGUCCAGGCUAAGCCUGAUCACCCCGGCCGCAAGCAUGUCGUCAGCCUCCUCGACUCGUUUGAGCACAAGGGACCUCACGGAACGCACGUGUGCAUGGUCUUUGAGGUUCUAGGUGAGAACUUGCUUGGAUUAAUCAAGAGAUGGAACCAUCGUGGUAUCCCUAUGCCACUCGUAAAGCAAAUCACCAAGCAGGUGCUUCUCGGCCUCGAUUACCUGCACCGUGAAUGUGGCAUCAUUCACACCGAUCUUAAGCCCGAAAACGUCCUCAUUGAAAUCGGCGAUGUCGAGCAGAUUGUUAAGAAGGUGGUCAAGAACGAAACCAACGAUAAAGAGAAUAACCGAAACGGCCGCAGACGCCGCAGAACCCUCAUCACUGGUAGCCAGCCGCUGCCAUCGCCUCUCAACGCUUCCUUCAACCAUACAAAUCUUUUCCCCUCCUCUACCUCACAGCCUAGCUUGGACGCUAUUCUGAGCGAUGGCAAAAAAGACGACUCCAAGUCAGACGAAAAGUCAGCUGAUAUUCUUUCCCGCGAAGUAUCUAGCAUUUCUCUCGAUAAGAACUCAUCAGCAUCGACUGGCGAAAAGCGCAAGGCCGAAGAUGCCAACGCCUCUGAUAUCAUCAGUGUCAAGAUUGCCGACUUGGGCAACGCAUGCUGGGUGAACCACCACUUUACAAACGAUAUUCAGACUCGCCAGUACCGCUCACCAGAAGUCAUUCUGGGUUCCAAGUGGGGAGCUAGCACUGACGUCUGGAGCAUGGCCGCUAUGAUUUUCGAACUUAUUACCGGAGACUACCUCUUCGACCCUCAGUCCGGCACCAAAUACGGCAAGGAUGACGAUCACAUUGCGCAGAUUAUUGAGCUGCUCGGUCCGUUCCCGCGAAGCUGCCUCAACGGUAAAUGGUGCCAGGAGAUCUUCAACCGCAAAGGCGAGCUGCGCAACAUUCAUAGACUGCGACACUGGGCACUUCCCGACGUGCUCCGCGAAAAGUACCACUUUAAGGAGGACGAGGCCAAGCGUAUUGCAGCCUUUUUGACCCCGAUGCUCGAGUUGAUUCCAGAGAAGCGCGCCAAUGCCGGCGGCAUGGCUGGCCACUCGUGGCUUGACGAUACAGCCGGUAUGAAGGGCAUCAAGAUCGAAGGUCUCGAAGUUGGCGGUCUGGGCGAAGGCAUAGAAGGCUGGGCAACGGAAGUGCGGAAGCGCUGAUCUACUUAUGAGGUCUAUAAAAUGAUCCCAACGCUCCUUUUAUAAAAACUGCCACUUCUGCCCGUCUUUUACUUUGUUCUUUUUGCAACACGAGAAAUCAAACACGAUAUGAAUGACGUCGCAAAUGUCGGGUGUAUCCAUGAGAAAGGACUUGCUAUUAGUUCGCAUCGGAGUAUCGCUUUUGACGGCCCCUUUUUUUGUUUGCUGGUUCUUUUUUGGUUUUGGUUAAAGGAGUAGGGAAAGGGGACGGUAGGACGACCAUUUGUCUUUCUGACUCUCACUAUGUUUGUUUUGCAUGAUAGAUAGAUCUUUUGUUUUUUCCUCUGGUUUCUUUGUUGGCUGCCUUUUUUUUGUCUUUGCUGCAAAAUAACGCCGUCUACAAUAUGCAAUAAAUUUACACGCACCAAAGAAUGAAGGGGAGCAGAAUAAAGAGAAAAAUCCAAAUUUAUACACGAUACAACGAUGCAAGUAGCCUUGAAAAAACACAAUGAAUAGAGCUAUAUGAUGAAGAUAGCAAGAUGAAGUGAAGAUGCAAAACGUGCGUGUCAACCUGAUCAAGAAACGAAAAAAAAAUACUCCUGUACUGAUGCUCCCCAACUUGCCUAAUAACAAAAAAGUCGUCAAAGAUGAAUAAGAAAAGAAGAAACCAAAACGAAGUUUUAAGAAGUUCAAGACUUGGCAGUGGAAGUUCUCUUCUUGACGGUGCCUUCUGGCUUGUCAAUACCCGUGGUGCCCUCUUCGCCAUCGGCCUCGACCAUGACGCCGCUAACAUCCUCCUCAUCGUCCUCUUCCUCCACCUUUACUUUGGCAUCGUCAUGCUCGUCUUUAGCAUCGGCCAAGACCUCGUCGAUAAUCUUUUGGCCUUCGUCCUCGUCGCCAUUGAGCGCGUGGCACGCCAUGCAUCGCCACUUGCCAACCUCAGCGAGGCUCGUAGUGCCAGGAGGUGCUUGGCCAUUGACGAGGCGGCAUGACUGGCAGAUAAGAGCAAUGCGGUUCUUGGGUGACGUCUCGUCCUCGCCAAGCAACACGUCAAAGAUGCGGUCGUACCAGUGCGAUUCGGGGUAUUGGGCGGCGCUAUAGCCUGGUGGUGGUGGGCGGUUGGAUGGCGAGAAGGCGUUUGGCGCAAACUCCUCGCCGGGCUCGAGCGACGGUAUAGGAGCAGUAUGUUGCUGUUGCUGUUGCUGUUGGUGAGGUGUUCCAGGCUGUUGCUGUUGAUGCUGUUCAUUAUGCAUUGGCGGGCGCUGGAUAUUCGCAGUCGGGGGAGGGGGAAGGUUGGUGCGACCAGGUUGAGGACCCUGCUUUGGGGGCUGCUUGGCCUUGUCGGUAGCCUCUUCCGUCUUCUUCUUCUUCUCGCCGCCGUAUUUCUCAAUCAGUUCGAGUGUUGAGUCAUACUUGGUCGCAUCCUUGAGCUUCUGGAUCGUCUUGGCGCGCUCAUCUUGGUGUGCCUUGAGGCGAGCCGUCAGGGAGUCGAUGCGAUACGUGUAGAAUGUGGAGAUGAGCUUGCGCGUGACGUAGAUGCUGCGCUUGUUAGCAAUUCCGGU